CACUGAGGAAGGGAAGAGGGAGCCAGGCAGCCUCAGGGUAGCCUGGCCAGGGUCUGGCGCCACCAAACCUGCACUUUCCGGUUUCGGAAGCCAGGUAGGGGGCGCGGGCAGCCAGCAGCUCCCGCCAAGUGGGUGAGAGCUCUCCGCCCGACCAACUCCCGCUACCUGAGCCGGCAACCACGUCACCGCCACAUCAUCUGGCCUCUUGUAUUUGCACGGAACCAGGAAAGGGAGCGGCGGCGGGAGGCGCGGAGCGCGGGCGCCGGGAAGAUGCUGCAGUCCCUGGCCGGCAGCUCGUGCGUGCGCCUGGUAGAGCGGCACCGCUCGGCCUGGUGCUUCGGCUUCCUGGUGCUAGGCUACCUGCUCUACCUGGUGUUCGGCGCCGUGGUCUUCUCGUCCGUGGAGCUGCCUUAUGAGGACCUGCUGCGCCAGGAGCUGCGCAAGCUGAAGCGGCGCUUCCUGGAGGAGCACGAGUGCCUGUCGGAGCCCCAGCUGGAGCAGUUCCUGGGCCGCGUGCUGGAAGCCAGCAAUUAUGGAGUGUCGGUGCUCAGCAACGCCUCGGGGAAUUGGAAUUGGGACUUCACCUCGGCGCUCUUCUUCGCCAGCACCGUGCUCUCCACCACAGGCUAUGGCCACACGGUACCCUUGUCAGAUGGGGGCAAGGCCUUCUGCAUCAUCUACUCCGUCAUUGGCAUCCCGUUCACCCUCCUCUUCCUGACGGCCGUGGUCCAGCGUGUCACCGUGCAUGUCACCCGCAGACCGGUCCUCUACUUCCACAUACGCUGGGGCUUCUCCAAGCAGGUGGUGGCCAUCGUCCACGCCGUUCUGCUGGGAUUCGUCACCGUGUCCUGCUUCUUCUUCAUCCCGGCUGCCGUGUUCUCCGUGCUGGAGGAUGACUGGAACUUCCUCGAAUCUUUUUACUUCUGUUUCAUCUCCCUGAGCACCAUCGGCCUGGGGGACUACGUUCCAGGGGAAGGCUACAACCAGAAGUUCCGGGAGCUGUACAAGAUCGGGAUCACGUGUUACCUGCUCCUGGGACUCAUAGCCAUGUUGGUUGUCCUGGAAACCUUCUGUGAGCUCCACGAGCUGAAGAAAUUCAGGAAAAUGUUCUAUGUGAAGAAAGACAAGGAUGAAGACCAAGUUCACAUCAUGGAGCAUGACCAGCUGUCCUUUUCCUCCAUCACUGAGCAGGCGGCCGGCCUGAAGGAGGAGCAGAAGCAAAACGAGCCUUUUGUGGCCUCCCAGUCACCACCCUAUGAGGAUGGCUCUGCAAACCAUUGAGCAUGGGCCACCAGACCCCGGACAUGAGGCAGAGCCUUGACUGUGUUCAUUUUUACAAGAAAGUCAAAGCUAAGAUGAUGUUAUUUUAAGAAAUAUCUACUGUUAACAAUAUUUUAAAAUAACGGAACUUUGGAUCCUUGGGGGGGGGUGGGUUUUAAUCUCUGGGCAAAUGAGGUGUGCACCCAUAACUCACAGGCAAUGUGAUCACCUGACAUCCUGCACCUGUAACUCACAGGCGAUGUCAUCACCUGGCAUCCUGCACCUGUAACUCACAGGUGAUGUCAUCACCUGACAUCAUGCACCUGUAACUCACAGACGAUGUCAUCACCUGGCAUCCUGCACCUAUAACUCACAGGUGAUGUCAUCACCUGGCAUCCUGCACCUGUAACUCACAGGUGAUGUCAUCAUCUGGCAUCACACACUGGGGAUGAAUACUUGAAACAGUGUACUGCAGUGGAUGGAGGCAGGUUUUCUUUGUAACUGGGGACUCUGGGUUUGCAUUCCAAUCAUUUUGCCGACAGCUGGGUAGCAACAUUUAUAUUUAAAAACAAAACAAAAAAAAUCUAUAGAGAUGUAUUUUAUAAAUAGGCUUAAGUGUCCCGGCUUGCAUGUGCCUAUCCAAAAUGAUUAUUUUUGUAGAAGUCUAAAUUAACUCUAUUUAUAAUGAAUAGGUCACCAUCCACUGUGUACAUAGAACAUAUAAAUAUGUUUAUAUUCUGUGCAUAUGUGUAGGCUACCAGAUUUCCCUGUACUUCUUAAGUCAAGAUAAGAGUUUUUUUUUCUUUUUGAUUUCUCUUUAUACUAAAGAACCCAGAAAUGCCACAGCAAGCUAGGAGGCAUAACGAACUCAAGAGAAAAUCAGGAUGAUAUUCUGUUCCUAUAUACAUUUCUACUCUCUUGCGACAGCGUAGGACCAGACAAGUGAGGAAGAGGGUUGGUGAGAAGGUGAAUCUAUUUAGUAUGGAAGGCAUGCUACCAGGUCUACCCACCUCACAGGCCCGGAGGGCACACCACCGGUUCUACCCACCUCACACUAAAGCACAAUGGCAGUGUCCCCCUCCCCCGAACAAAUUAUGUCAGGUUAAUCUGAGAAUUCUACGUUUAGAAGCUGAAAUCAAUAAAAUCAUGGCAGAUUGCAA